AUGAAGAUCAAAAUAGGAAAGAGUAUACAAUCAGCUCAGUUGUUUCAGCAGUAUUUCUCAUUAUCGACGUGUCACCGUUUGCGUGAAUCAUUAGGCAUUCAUUUGGUGAUCUUUGGUGUUCUGAUGAUCGGAGCAGUAUUAUCACCGGAAUUGCUCGUCAAUCAAGUCAACUGGUACUGCUGGGAAAUUCCGCCCUCAUUCCAGGAACAUUCUGAUAGUUACAGUCUAUUCUCAAUACUCUCUGCUACCGUAUUUGUGCUUAUGGCUUCAUUUGGUACCGUUCUUUCAUUACUUUCGUUGAUAACUACGAUCUGGGAGGAUUUUUUACGACCGUGGCUUCUGCAAUGUUCGCUUGGACAUCAGCUCGGAUUGCUGCAGGUAAUCAUUGGCUUGGAAGAGCGAAGAUUUUUUUUUUUUGACCUGAUGAGCAUUCCGCGUGUCAAACGAAAAGUUAGAGUAGAUUAA